AGUCAAGCAGCUUGCACGAAAAAAUGCUCAUGAACAAAGACGUUAUCCUCGUUACGGGCGGUACUGGACUUGUUGGGUCCGCCAUAAAGCAUGUAAUCGAAACCUGCAACGAUCCACGAUUUGGGCGUCAGGAACGAGAGGAAUGGGUCUUUGUUACCAGCAGCGAGGCGGAUUUGAGGGAUCUGGCUCAGACCCGGGCCUUAUUUGAGCACUACCAACCAACCCAUGUAAUUCAUCUUGCUGCCCUUGUGGGAGGCCUCUUCCGCAACAUGAAGUACCAAGCGGACUUCUUGCGCGAUAACAUGCUCAUCAACGAGAAUGUACUGCAUACAGCCCACGCAUACAAGGUCAAGAAGGUUGUAUCAUGCCUUUCGACCUGCAUCUUUCCCGACAAAUCGACAUAUCCCAUUGAUGAGACCAUGGUUCAUAAUGGCCCACCACAUGACUCUAACUUUGGAUAUGCUUAUGCUAAGCGUAUGAUUGAUGUCAUGAAUCGAGCGUACUCUCAGCAGUACGGGUGUCAUUUUACCUCUGUUAUACCGACCAACAUAUUCGGCCCGCACGAUAACUUCAAUCUUGAGGACUCGCAUGUCAUUCCCGGAUUGUUACACAAGUGCUAUCUUGCAAAAAAAUAUGGGAAAGAAUUCGUCGUUUCUGGGUCUGGUACCCCACUCCGGCAGUUCAUCUUCUCAUAUGACCUUGCGAAGCUUUUUAUCUGGACACUUCGCGAGUACGAUGAUAUUGAUCCCAUUAUUCUCUCCGUCGGGGAAGAAGACGAAGUGAACAUCAAGCACGUCGCUGAGGAAAUUGUGAAGGCCAUGGAUUUUCAAGGAUCUUGUGUGUGGGACAAGACCAAGGCGGACGGGCAGUAUAAAAAGACUGCGUCGAAUUCAAAAUUGCGACGUUUCUUGCCAGACUUUAAGUUUACACCUUUCCAUGAAGCGCUGUCCUUUACCGCCAAAUGGUUCGUUGAAAAUUACGAUAAGGCGCGUAAAUAGAGUCUUAGGAACUAAAUAUAUAUAGUCAGCAUAUGCUUAUCUUGAAUCAACGUUAUUGUACUUUCCUCUUUUCGGGAGUACCGUUGACUUCUUUAGGUCCAUUUUUCUCGUAGCCCCUGCUCAUCACGCCAGAAGUGGCGAAGAUGGGCCUCGUAAGAAUUCGCGAAUGUGUGGUGCAACUCACUAAAAUCGCGGCUCAUCUGAAUUCAAGUGGGCUUA